CACUUUUUAAUCUGUCAGCAUUCACCAAGUCCAUGUCUCGUAUGAAAGCUCUCUCUCUCUCUCUCUCGCUCUUGCUCUCUCACUGUGUCUGGUAUUGAUUGAAGCGCUCGUUAUGUACGUCGGGCUGUCCGCGUGCAGCAGUUUCUCACCUAUGAGCUCUCUUCCCCCACACAUCCACGCGCACGCACGCACACACACACACACACACUCACUCCCCCUCAUAUCAUUUCCCCCCUCACUCCCCUCAGUCAGUUUAGAUCCGUAUCGUGGUCUUGGUAAAGCCUCCAGUCCUGUCGCUCCGCUAUAACGGAUUGUAACGUGUUUUUGCCUUGCACAAGAGUGGGACUUCGGAACAAAUAACACUGCCCGCGAUGAGGCCUGGAGGAUGUUAGAGAAGUUCAAGCGCCGUUAUCUUCAAGAACCUGAGUAGUUUGUUUGGGUGUAUCUUUGUGCUUUGAGGGACCCUCCGGACAGACGCGAGAGUUGUUACAGUGAACACUUUGGACCUCACAGGCUGCUGGACAGUUUCUUCUUUCCUGGGCAGUCCCUGCCUGGGUCUCUCUCCCACAAAACACACACACACACACACACACACACACACACACACACACUCACACACACACACACACACAGUGUUACUCAUACCUGGCAGAUCUCCCACGCCGUGCCGUCUCCUUCCAACCCCCUUCCUGCCCCUAGUGCGUCUCCUCCCGCAUCACCAUGACGGACUCCCAGAGGUUCCUAUUGGUCCUCUGCCUGGUGGGCGUGUCCACCCUGCUUUCUCAGGCUGCCACUCACAGCGGCCACCCGUUCCCAUUCGCCGGACAGCAGCAGUUGGCGCCGCCCCCGGACCCCUGCUACGACGAGUCGGGCACAGCGCGCCGCUGCAUCCCCGAGUUCAUCAACGCCGCCUUCUCCCAGGAGGUGACCGCCACCAGCGUGUGCGGGCGCCCCCCGUCCCGCGCCUGUGUGCCCUACGAGGGCCGCGCGCCCUCCUCUCACCCGGCCGUGCGCUCCUGCCACGUGUGCGACGCCGCCGAUGCCCGCCGCGCCCACCCGCCCUCCUACCUCACCGACCUCAACUCGGCCCACAACCUCACCUGCUGGCAGUCGGAGAACCUGGUCGGCUCGCAGAACGUGUCGCUCACGCUGUCGCUGGGCAAGAAGUUCGAGAUCACCUACGUGAGCCUGCAGUUCUGCUCGCCCAAGCCCGACUCCAUGACCGUCUACAAGAGCAUGGACUACGGCAAGAGCUGGCUGCCCUACCAGUACUACAGCUCCCAGUGCCGCCGCGUCUACGGCAAGCCCAACAAGGCCGCCAUCACCAAGCAGAACGAGCAGGAGGCGCUGUGCACCGACGUCCACCUGCACGCCGACACGCACGCGCACGCGCUGGCCUCGGGCAGCGGCGGGGGCGGUGGGGGGGGCCUGAUCGCCUUCAGCACUCUGGACGGACGCCCGUCGGGGAAGGACUUCGACAGCAGCCCCGUGCUCCAGGACUGGGUGACGGUCACGGACAUCCGCGUGGUGUUCACCCGGCCCCAGCUGGGCCUGGACGACCCCGUGGGUUUGUCCAGCGGGGCGGCCGCGUACUUCUACGCGGUGGGGGACUUCCAGGUGGGCGGCCGGUGCAAGUGCAGUGGGCACGCCUCACGCUGCAUGCGGGACAGGGAGGGGAAGCUGGUGUGCGACUGCAAGCACAACACGGAGGGGCCAGAGUGCGACCGCUGCAAGCCCUUCCACUACGACCGGCCCUGGCAGAGAGCCACGGGCAGAGAUGCCAACGAGUGCCUGCCGUGUAACUGUAACCUGCAUGCGCGGCGCUGCAGGUUCAACAUGGAGCUGUAUAAGCUGUCGGGCCGUAAGAGUGGAGGCGUGUGCAUGAACUGCAGGCACAACACGGCCGGCAGGCACUGCCACUACUGCAAGGAGGGCUUCUACAGGGACAUGGCCAGGCCAAUCACUCACAGACGCGCCUGCAAAGCAUGUGACUGCCACCCGGUGGGGGCUGCUGGUAAGACAUGUAACCAGACGACCGGCCAGUGCCCCUGUAAGGACGGAGUCACAGGCAUCACGUGCAACCGCUGCGCCAAGGGCUACCAGCAGAGCAGAUCUCCUGUGGCCCCCUGCAUCAAGAUUCCAGUUAUCAGCCCUACAGCAGUUGUUGUUAGCAGCAGCAGCACAGAAACAGAAGAAUCUGCAGACUGUGAAUCGUACUGUAAACCAGUGAAGGGAAAUCUGAAGAUCAACAUGAAGAAGUACUGCAAGAAAGACUAUGCGGUGCAGGUGAACGUCCUGGACAUGGAGACGGUGGGCGACUGGGCCAAGUUCACGGUGAACGUGGUCUCCGUGUACAAGAGCCGCGGCGAGCCGCUCAAGCGAGGAGACAACCUGCUCUGGAUCCACAUGAAGGACCUGGCCUGCAAGUGCCCGCGCCUUCAGAUGAGCAAGCGCUUCCUGGUCCUGGGGACCAAUGACAGUGCGGCCAGCAAUGUGGGGGCGGGCGCACCCCCCGGGACGGGGCUGCUAGCCGAUAAGAACAGUCUGGUCAUCCAGUGGCGGGACGUGUGGACGCGGCGGCUGCGGAAAUUCCAGCGCAAGGAGAAGAAGGGCAAGUGCAGCAAAGCAUGAUGGGAAAAUGCCCCCACCUCCCAACUCUCAAACUUCCUGACCCCUACCAAUCCCCACAGUGACUUCUGACCUCUCCCUGACCUCUCCCUGACCCCUACCUUUCCCGGAGCACAUUACAGAGACUGUAUGUACCUUGCCUGUGUGGGACCACUGUGUGUAUAUUGUAUUAUUAUUUGAACUGUCUGUUUCUUUUCUACUGGUCUGCCUUGUAAAGGGACCAUAAAAAAGGGGAAGAUGUGUGCGCCACAACUCUCGACAACGACAGCUAAAUGUCCACUUUUACUCUCCCCUAGUCCCAUGUUUCAGUCCCUUAAGACUAGACCUCCCCCUCCCCCUCCCCACACUUCUUCCCCCUCCAAGCCAACGCUGAUGGGCUAGUCUCAUCAAACGAUCACCGCACCCUGGAUGCAUGUCCUUCUAAGCCAGGGAUGCGAGCCGAGCUCUAAUCUAACCCGAAGGAUGGAUUUCUACACUCACACAAACCUGCUGGAACCCCAACCAAUGAAACUGCACAACCUCAGUGUUCUACUGCCUCCUCAACUGUUCACUUCCUGCCGUCACAGACACCUUAUCACUGCAGUGCCCCUCCAACUGGGUCCUAAUAACACCCCCCUCCCUCCCUCUCUCCCUCCACCCCUCCCUCCC